GCACUUUUAUUUUUAAUAAUGAAAUGAAAGAAAUUUAGAAACCUGUAAAAACAAUCUCUCUCAACAAAGUAUUUACAAAAUAAUACAUCUCACUCAUUUGUUUCAUGACAACAUUGUAUCGCCUUAAUUUAUUAAAUGUCAGACGUAUGUAAACUUGAAGCAUUUUUUGAGGUCACGAUCAGCAGAGACAAGUGCCUUUUUUGACGCAAGGGCUGAUGGGAUAUAUUUUGGUUACCUCCGUUCGAAGUUCAGCGAGCUGCUAAUAAAAAAUGGACAUGCCAUCGGAUUGUGCAGUAAGACGAAAGCAAAACAUUUCAGAUUUUCUGUUUUUGCAUCGAUGCGUGUCAACUAUGGCAAUGUAAAUUAAUCAACUGGUAUCAGAAUCGACGUGUCCUCGUGGAGUCAUCUUCAGAUCAGAAAUCGGGCCUUGAAAUUGGUUGUGCCAAAACAGCGUUACCAAAAUGGACCUUAGCCUGACUGGAUCCCAGAUUUCCUCGAUCAAAAGACCCAGCUCAGCAGGAAGCAGACCAGGGUCAAGCAAUGGAGGCCGCCAGGGUACCAGUGGAGGUCGUACCACACCAAAGACAUCCAAUCAUGUGCGGACCAGCAGUAGCCAGAGCAGCGUGGUUACCGGUGGGGGUCAUGGGUCAUCGGCAAGGAAACCAAGCCCAGGGAGAAGCCGACCAGAAAGGACAAACUCAACAAGUGGAGUAACCAACGGGCUGGCAAUAAACUCCUCAUCUUUGUCAAAUGGAAGACACAAAAGAACCUCGAGUCAUAAUGCUGAGUUGAGUCAUCGCAGUAAUGCUAGUGAAGACAGUAGUAGAGCGUCAGCACGUAGCAGGGAAGCCCCAAGUAGUAGCGCUACAGAUUUCCUGGCCCUAUUUGACAGCGGCCAUCAGCCCGUCAUCAAAAACCGAUCCAGUAAACCCAAGAAGGCGUCAACUCGUAAUCACUGGACUGAACCGCCAUCAGGAAGAGCCUUUGCUAUCCCUUCUAGCGCAAGGAGCAGCAGCACCAUCGACUCUUACACUCUCAACAGUGGACGGCAUGACACUACCCGAGAAACACCCCGGGGUGCCCCCGCUCUACAACUCAAUGCACACACCACGCUCCUGUCCAAACAGGAAAACCAAAAAACCUCUCCCCAGUCUGUGGACGCAAUGCACUUGCUUAAAAACUCCAUGAAUACCAACAAUACAAAUUUAGACUCUACUCCGCCGGCAGCGGCCGGGGACGCCCAGCUGGUUAGCAGCUCAGAGAAGAAUUUCAGAGCCUCCAGCCCUCGGAAAACAAGCAACACCACGAGUAAGCGGUUAGCACUUUCAACCCCCCGAGAAAAUGACUCGAGAAACAGUGCUAGGUCUCCAAGACGAGACCAGGUUCCACUCUCGCCAACACAUCCUGUUGCUGAGACUUAUAUAGAAUCCGUUAACGAAGCAGCUGGUAAAAUCCAGAGGUGGUAUCGGACAAAUGUUUCAAAGAGGCAGAGGGACGGCGAGGAGGAGAUCAGGAAGAUCUUGAAUCAGAAGAGACGAGAGAGGGAGGAGCUGCUCCAACAGCAGCAGAAGGAGGAGGAAGCUGAGGUACGGCGAGAGGGGGAUAAGAAGAGGAGUAGAGAGGAGAAGGCGAGGUUGGCGAGACAUGCUGCGAUAGAGGAGCUUCAGAAGAAACGAGAGGAGAAGGCAAAAGACAUCCGUGAGAAGGCAGAAGAGGAGAUCCGAUACCUCCAAGCUAGCGGCAAGGUCUCCAAGAAGCCCGCUCCAAAGCCUCGACCACGAAGCUCUAGCAACUCCAGCAAGAAACAGCGAGGGGAAUCUGUGAAGCCUCCUCCUGAGCAGGCGACAAGCAGUAGGACUCCAGAUGAAAUGAUGGGGGCUGUGGGAGGGACUGUUCCACGACCGGCCACUGCUAGUAGUGUUGGCAGAAAGGUGGAUGAAAUAUUUGAUGAUCCGUCAACACAUAGAACCCAACAAACUGAGGAUGAACCAUCAGGAACACCAAGUGUAGCUGCCACUAAGACCACCCUGACUGAUCUCUUAGAUACUCUAAAGCUACUUGAAGAACCGGUCAAAGUCCCUAGCCCUUCGGAUAACAACAAGAAAGGACCAGCAUGGUUGGACAUCCUGGAUGAUAGAGAAGAAGAUGAUGAUGAAGAUGCUCCAGCUCUGUCACAUCGUCUGGCUGCAGAGAGACGGGAGGUGUACCUUUCAGCAGAGAACAUCCAACAGAUCUCCGGCAAACCCAAACCGAAACCAGCCGGACCGAAACCAUCAGAGGGUGGACCUAAGGUUGGGUCCCAGCACGCUCUAUUAACUGAGGAUAAACUCAUGAGUAUCAUGUCAUUCCUUGAUGAGGUAGACCAAGCAGAUAAGGAGGAGAUUGUCAGCCAAGUCAUGCAGUUUCAAGACCCUGAAGCCUCAGUCGUCAGUCAGUCCGUUCUGGUUGUACCCUCAGCGGCUGAGCUACAGAAACUUGAGCAGGCAUCAGCGGCAGCUUCUGAAGUAACAAACACCGUCUUGUCUCAACGAUUACAGCUGGAUGAGAAAGACCGAUCUGUCAAGAUGCUACAGAAAGCCCUGAAUCAGCAGCGUGAGUUGACUGUCCGUCACGCUAAGGAGCAAGAGAAAGAAAUGAAGAAGAGACUAGGAUUACAGAAGGAGGAAUAUGAGAACACUGUCAAGAGACAUCUCUCAUUUAUUGAUCAGCUGAUUGACGACAAGAAAUCACUCAGUGAGAAAUAUGACACAGUGGUUCGGGACUUGAAGCAAGUGGACAAGAAAUAUUCUACAAAAAUCAAAACAAUGGAAGAUACACAUAACUCAGAGUUGCAGAAAGUGAAAGACGUCCAAGCAGCUGCAGAGAAGAUAAGGCGGGAAAAAUGGAUUGAUGAGAAGACUAAGAAAAUCAAGGAAAUUACGGUUAAGGGUUUAGAGCCUGAGAUUCAGCGGCUUAUUGCCAGCCACAAGGGUGAGAUUAAGAAGAUCAAAGCCAUCCAUGAGGCUGAGUUGUUGCAAUCAGAGGAGAGGGCUGGAGGGAAGUAUGUACGACACAUUGAAGAGCUAAGAGAUCAGCUGGCUGAAGAGAAAGAAGCGGCUUGUGCACGGGAACGAGAUCUUGCAAAGACAAGAUAUGAGAAGCAACUUGAGCAGGAGGAGGCAGCGUACCAGCAGCAGAGGAGACGGCUCUAUGCAGACAUACAAGAGGAGAAAGAAAGACUGGCUGAUCAGGCCAAGAGACAACGGCAAGAGAUGGAUAGGCUGACACUACAGAUGGAAGAUAAUAACCGCAAAGGACUGGGAGCCAUGAAGGAAGAGUUUGAACAGGCUAGGGAUGAGCAAGAACGAAGACACAGGGCUGAGGUUCGAGAGCUCGAGGAGAGACUGAAGAUUGAAAAAGAAGCCUGGGAAGAAAAUUACAUGAAGAAACAGGAAACCUGGCUGUUGUCCAAGGAGCGUGAGUUGAAGGAACACGUCCGUAAGGACCGAGAUAAGGAGAUUGAGCUAGUGAUUACCAGACUUGAAGAUGAUGCGGCUACGGCUAGAGAAGAAUGCGAGAGAGCUGCAGAAAACAGAGUCAAGAGGAUACGUGAUAAGUACGAGGCUGAGCUGAGAGAGAUUGAACUCUCGGAGAGAAACACUCAAGAUAGAUAUAAUGAUAUGAAGGCAAGACUCGCUGACGUUGAAGGAGAGACCAUCAGACUGAAGGGACUGAUGAAACAGAAAGAGCAAGAAGUGCAAGACGUUAAGAAGAUAUGCGACCGUCUCACCAAUGAGCGCAACAAUGUUCAGGACGUGAUUAGGCAGGAGUUUGCCGAUCGACUCGUAGCGACCGAAGAAGAAAACAAGAGGUUGAAGAAUGAGAUGUCGGAGAUGAGGGCGCGCCAUAAACUGGAGCUGUCUCGUAUCAAAGAGAGCAAGGAUGAAGAAAUGGAAGAAGUGCAUAAGAGAGUCAAGCAAGCCAUCGUCAAGAAGGAAGAAACAGUGAGCCAGUUGAAGCAACAACAUGCAGCUGCCGUUAAGAGAGCAGACCAUCUAGAGUCACUACUAGAACAGCAACGGAAACAGCUCAUUAAGAAAUGAUCCAACAAGGCACAACACACCAAUCAAGGCAUGUUUGAACACGCCAAUCAAGGCAUGUUUGACUCGACCAGGAACGCACAACACGCCAAUCAAGGCAUGUUUGACUCAACCAGGAACGCACAAAUGGAUCACGAUGCUAAAUAAGCUUUGUGAAACAUUCAACCAGGGAAAUACAUUUUUGCCAAAACGUAUGCUGCCAUAUUAAAAAAGGUGUUUGAUAGCAUAAGUGUCUACGUCACAGAAUAAUCGUCGCUGCUCAAUCAUGGGUGAUUUGUGUAUGAACACUGUUUUGUCGGGUGACGCUUGUUCCACGACAUUUGCGCAAUCUCAUUUAUAGUGACUCGAGUGUUAGUUUUCUCCUUGAUCCUGACAGGUUCUGUCGCAGCGCAAGCAAAACGCAGGUCGACCUGAGGUCCGCUUUAAAUAUUUUGAAAGGAGGUUUUUACUUUCUUAAGAUCAGGUUUUGUUUUUCGGCUAAGGGGGACCCAGAAUCCUCCCACAAGUCUUUCAUUUGUCAAGUGCCGUCCGAUGCAUUGUUUAUUACAGAACACAACACUAUUUACCGCCCCUCAAAUUCUCCAUCUUGUGUGAUAUUGCCAUGGGGAGUUGGAGGACAAAUACUUACCAAUCCUCGCGUACUUAAACUCUUACUAUCGGUAAUAAUAAAUGCUCAAAGCAGUGCAAUUGGUAAUAUAAACCUUAGCUACUUAAUCUUAUUUACUAAGUUCUGUUGCUACAUUAUUAUGGAAAUAAGCAGGACUAGAGUCACAGGUGACAUGAGCAUGGUGAGCCUGGUCACAUAUGGUAUACGAGAGAUGCUUUUUGGGAUGGUAACCUUAUUCUGUGCUAAAUCUUACAUGUACUUACAACUGUACAAGGGUCCGUCUUUUUUUGUCUUCACAAUUUUGAAACCUUAAAAAGCUGGGCAUUUUAGGUCCAUAAUUAAGACCGGUACACAACUCAUGCUAAGCACUACAUAAUAUUAAGGGGAAAAAAAACACGAGAUUUUGAUUGAUUUGGGUAAGCACUAUGAUAGCAUACAUGUACCACAAAGCAACACAAAGUGGAAGGAAUACCAUCGGACUACAUUUAUGGGAUCAAUGCUUGAAGAAAUAAAAUGUGUUUUAAAAGUUGUUAUAUAUUUAUUCCAUAUACUUGUUCUUUGGUUUUUGUUUAUGUCCCAGUAGUCCACUAGAAAAUGUCCCUUCAUUGAGAUUAAAGAGUCAGUAACGGUGAUGCCAAAAUCAGAUGUAACUAAAUCACACUGUCAUUAAAUAAGUCACAAAGUUUAUCCGAAGGAACAAAUAUUUUAACUGUAACCAUUUCACUGUCCAAACUGCUGCUGUUAUAAUUGUAUUUUUGAUGCAGCCUUUUUGCUUAAUUUUCGUCUUUGAUGCAAUACUUGUUAUUUAUGGGCAGCCUGUUUAUGGGAAUGGUUAAAUAUGGGAUUCUGCAAAAUUAUCACAAGCUUAGGUAGUCAAAACAGUUUAACGAUUUGUGUAGACCUUAUACAUUGACAAAAAUGAGCGAAGUACCAGUCACUAGUAGUUUACGUGACUUGGCUGGUAACCUGUUCUUGCUAAGCAGCUUUGUGGGAAAGGUAAUAUCUAAGUCCAGAAAUAUACAGGGAGGGACUAGUAUGCAAGUUUAUUUUUUGUUGUGUAACAUUUUACUUUAUAGUACGACACAUUUUAUGUGGAUACGGUGUGUGCAUAGAGUCUAUAAUGCUGUGGCUAUUGUACAGUAUUCUUAUAUUUUUUAAUUCACAUGCAUGACAUGAGCCGAUUAAAGUGUGUUGCAUUAAGUCUUUGACAUAACGUUUUUUUUAAUUAUCAAUUUAUACCCUUGGUAAAGAGAAGCAAUUUUAGUAAUGUAUCUUGCUCAAGGACACAAGUGCCACGACCGGGAUUUGAACCCACAUCCCGAUAAUUUAAUCACCAGAACUUGAAUUCGAAGCUCUUAACCACUUAGCCAUACACCCUAACAAACCACUCAAAAAGCCGAACAGUGGAAAUGAACAGUCAAUGUGUAUUCACUGAGCUAUGCCCAUGCGCUUCAUAGAUGUACGUCACCAUGAUGAUAAUAAGAGCACACUUGUCAAAAUUUUGUUUAUUUGUAAAUAUAUUUAAAUAUGGAUCCUUAUAUUAUCAGCUGUAAAUAUGAAAAGGUGUUUGUAGAAUGGUAGACGGUAAAUAACUUAUAAUUUGUAAAUAUCAGAGGUUGUGUUUCUGUCUGCUAUAAAAGUUAAAAAACGAAA